GCGCGACUUGCGCAUUACUUGUUCAUGCUUCGAUCGGUGGCUCCGUCGGCGAUGAUGUUGGCAGCAUGCUGUCGUCGCUCUACCAUGCUUCCAAUGCCCAAGAGUCAAGCCUUUGCGAGUUGGAAUAGCAGUGCAUUGUCUCGCGAUGUCAAGCGCCAGCGAGAUACUACGCUCUUGAUCGAUGGCAACAACCUGCUCUACGACGUGUACGACGCCCGAUGCACACUCUCCUGGAACGACCAGGCUAUUGGGGCCGCUGUGCGUUUCGUGCAGCGAGUGCGCGAGAUCGUCCACGCCAAGCAAGCCAACCGCCUGGCCAUCAUGUUUGACACACCGCAGACGAGCCAACGACAGCUUGCCAACGAUAUGUACAAGCCGGUGCAUCGAAAACGCACGAUGGCCCAGCACCUUCGUUCCCAAUUCCCCAUCGCCAUUGACACGCUCAAGGCAUUGGGGGUUGCCGUGAUCCAGGUGCCAACUGUCGAAGCCGACGACCUCAUUGCAUCGUAUGCCAAGGCAUGUGUGGCCGACGGCUUCGACGUUGUGAUUGUCACCAACGACACGGACAUGUACCAACUGGUGCAAACGUCGUCCUUGUCUGACAAGGUUCACCACAGCGUGACAGUGUAUCGCCCCAUGGCCCGCCAGUCCAUUCGGGAAGCUCGUGUGAAGAAAUUGCUCUGUGGCGGCCGACCUGCCCAGCAGCCAGAGAUCCGAGCGUUGUGUGGGGAUCUACGGGGAAAAACUCCCGGGAUUCCCGGUGGCUUGGACAUUCGCGAGGCAAUAUCCCUUUUGAACAAACAUGGCGGACUCGUGCGACUCUUGCGGACGUUGGACGACGUGGACGACAAGGCGUUGGCCCAGCGCUUAAAAAACUCGAUCAGUAUGCUUGAAUUAUCGUACAAAGAGUCCAAGUUGAACGACGCGGUGCCGCUGCCCGUAGCCCCCGCAAGGCUCGCGAUUGCCCAACCCUUGGUCUUCAAUCGACAGGUGCUGGAGAGAGUGUUUGGGGCGGACGGCACGGCCGUGGUGUUCACAGCUCAAGCCAGAGUGCGUGGCCAGCGGCCCUGCCAUUUGCAGGAAAUUCAAAAGGAUGCACCACCUGAAGAAGACUGCGAUCCGGCCACGGAAGUAGCGCUCGAUCAAUUGUUCGACUCGAUCAAAGCAAAAUAACGUUGAUUUGGUGAUACAACAUCUAUGUAGACAAGGAUUGCUUUGAUUACCCAUGCUCAAAAC